AUGGUUGGACUGAAGCCUUCAGAGGUGCCUCCCACAACGGCUGUGAAGUUCCUGGGGGCGGGCACAGCGGCCUGCUUUGCUGACCUCCUCACCUUUCCACUGGACACGGCAAAGGUCCGCCUGCAGAUCCAGGGGGAAAACCAGGCGGCCCGGAGCGCGCAGUACCGCGGGGUGCUGGGCACCAUCCUGACCAUGGUGCGCACCGAGGGCCCCCGCAGCCCCUACAAAGGGCUGGUCGCCGGCCUGCAACGCCAGAUGAGCUUCGCCUCCGUCCGCAUCGGCCUCUAUGACUCCGUCAAGCAGUUCUACACCCCCAAGGGAUCGGACCACUGCAGCAUCACUACCCGGAUUUUGGCGGGCUGCACCACCGGGGCCAUGGCAGUGACCUGUGCCCAGCCCACAGAUGUGGUGAAGAUCCGAUUUCAGGCCAGCGUGCACACUGGGCCCGGGAGCAAUAGGAAGUACAGCGGGACAAUGGAUGCCUACAGGACCAUCGCCAGGGAGGAAGGGGUUCGGGGCCUGUGGAAAGGAACUCUGCCCAACAUCACGAGGAAUGCCAUCAUCAACUGUGCUGAGAUGGUGACCUACGACAUCAUCAAGGAGAAGCUGCUAAACUACCACCUGCUCACCGACGACUUCCCCUGCCACUUCGUCUCUGCCUUUGGAGCUGGCUUCUGUGCCACAGUGGUGGCCUCCCCAGUGGACGUGGUGAAGACCCGAUAUAUGAACUCACCCCCAGGCCAGUACCGCAGCCCCUUCGACUGUAUGCUGAAGAUGGUGACCCAGGAGGGCCCCACAGCCUUCUAUAAGGGAUUUACACCCUCAUUUUUGCGUUUGGGAGCCUGGAAUGUGGUGAUGUUCGUCACCUACGAGCAACUGAAACGGGCCUUGAUGAAAGUCCAGGUGCUACGGGAAUCUCCAUUUUGA